GACUUACAGGUAUUGAAUUUUAUGUAUUUGAAUAAACUGUCUCUAAAUCAUAGUUUUCCACAGCUAACACUUUGCACAGUAUCGCCAGUGUUUAACCGCAAAUUCGGCCGACUUGCCACAAAUUUAGGAUUUCAACUAAAUUUCCGUCUACCAUGGCAACUGGUUGAUUUUUAUCGACCAACGGCUCGAGCGGCAACUGAUAUUAUCACCGGAAAAAUACGUCCAGGAGCUGAAUCUGAGGAGAAUGGCCGAUAUUACAAAGACGCAAUCGGUCUUUCGGCUGGGAAGAUGUACAAAGCAAUCGAAGCAUUUAUGGAAGCCAUGGACUUUCAUCCGGACUGCUUGGUGAAAAGUGUUUGUGAACUGGCUCAUGUUCCUUUUGACUCUGAUGAAGAACAUCUGGUGCAACAAGUUGUUCAUUUUCUGUUAACACCAUCGGAGCAUCUAUCUUUUCAUGAAAGCGAGAAAAUUAUGCAAAAACGAUUUGAAAAGGCUGAAAGAGCUGGCCGCCAUAAAAAGGACUGUAAUCGCUUGUAUCAAAAGUGCACUCAAUCGUUUAUCAGCCUCAUUACCGCAAUCAACCAUGAGUAGUGGAAUUAGAGGAGCGAUAUUAGAAGUUAUUAUUCAAGUUUAAUGCUGUUUGUCUUUAAUUGGUCAAGU